AUGCUUCUUAGCUCGACUCCACAAGAACAACAGACCAGUCAAGUCAUGAGGAGAAGUUCAAGCAAUCCCUCCCUCAUGGAAAAAGAGAAAAUGAAGCAACCGCAGUCCGUCAGCACUAAGGAUAUCUUCAAGAAGAGCAUGCAGAUGCUCUAUGUGAACCCUGAAGGAAGUCACAUCGAGGGAGUGGAGCCUCACGUCAAGCUGGAUCUCAUGGUGGGCAUCUCCUGCUUGAGCUUUGCGCUCCUCGCUGUCUUCUACGGGAUGAUGGGCCGAUACGCCAUCUGUGCUGUUGUCUCCGUUGUGACUGUCACCAGCGUUCUCUCCGACGCUGUCUUCCACGGGUGUACGACUCUUGACCUUAUCGAUCGAUAUGUCGCAACAGCAACUGCACUUGUGGUUGGGUACGACUGCUUCCGAUGGAUGUGGGAAAAGCCGGUAGAACUGUCGGUUUGGGUUGUAGCGUUGCCGACACAGGUCUUCCUGUGUAUCGUGCCACUAUGCUUCCUUGCCAAGUCGAGGAGCUGCCUCAUCGGCUCGGAGGAAUGGAGGGCGCCCAUUGUGCCCUCGCUGGGAGGGUGCGGAGCGGCGACUUCAUGGCUGCUGGCAAAGCUGGGGAACGAGGUUGAGCUCGUGACGAACCUAGGGAGAGACACCUUCGGGAUGAUGUCAAAGAGUUGGUUGGAUGCAGCAGGGGUGAAGGUCGCUCCAAGUCAAGCCAACACAGCCGUGAAUGUAAUAAGAACUCGAGGCUCACAACGAAUGUCGUCCUACUACAGGGGCGGAAAGCUUGUUUGGCAAGAAUGCACAAGCUGCAUGCCUUGCGGCUGGUUGUACAUGUCAGGCUACAGCCUUGUCGACUCAGAGGACGUCAAGGACAUGAUGGUGCUUGCUCGGCUGAGAAAGUUUGACAAGAUCGCGCUCGACACCAGCCCAUGGUUUGCAGGCAGGACAUCAGCAGAGGAGAUGCUUCAGCACAUCGAUGUCCUGUUGGGAACGGAAGAGGAGCUCUCUCACUGGACGGGAGGAGGGCAGGGGGAGCAACUUGCCCGAGCCUGCUGCAGGCAUGGCCCAAAACUCGUCGUCGUCAAGCGCGGAGCAAUGGGAGCAGCGUGGGCCACUGCACAUGGAGGAGGAGAAGUCGAGACCGAGACGAUCGAAGGAAGGAGCUCGGUGGGAGCUGGAGACUGCUUCAACGCCAGGCUGCUGCACGGGCUAGCGAGGGGAGAGGAGGCACAAGAAGCUGUGAGAGCGGCUGUCAAGGUUGCGACAGAGUUGGUGCGAGUGGGGAAGGGGAUUGCGGGGAUAGAACAUAACAUUCAACAACUCGUCUAG